AUGGAUACGCUAAUUCGACAAAACGACUACAGUAAGCAUAAACUGCCGCGUGAGUAUGCUAGCUGAUUCAUGGCAGAUUGUGAACACUAUUCAGAGAAGCAAGGAAUUACGGUCAGUGUGGAGUUUUGGAUACAGGAGAUCAACUCGAUUUCCGAGAUGACUAAUGAUUUCGAGUUGGAAAUGUUUAUCAAUGAAAUGUGGACGGAUCCGAAUUUACGGUGAGUUUUGAACGGAACAAGGGGUAAUAGGCACGCCUUGGGUAUAAUUGAUAAUCGAGAACAAGCACUCUGCCUUCGUAGUAUGCUCUAAAAUCCCAUUUCCAGCUUCUCCCACUUGGGCGCGUGUAAAGCGAAUCUGACGUUGGACCAGCAGACACUCACAAAGUAACUAAUUCUCAUAGACCCAAUGUAAAUGAACCUUCCACAGACUCUGGACACCUAAUACAUGUUUUGUGAACUCGAAAUUCGCGGAAAUCUACGAGUCACCGUUCCAAAACGUCUUUUUAACGUUGUUCGAUAACGGAACCGUUUGGGUCAAUUAUGUGAGUUGGCACGAGGGAUUAGAGCGUUGUGACACGACGCUUGUGAGUUUCAGAGAGUUCGUGUCAAAGGGCCUUGCAGUAUGGAUUUGGAGGAUUUCCCCAUGGACACACAAUCAUGCCGGCUCAACUAUCAGAGGUAUUACACAGAGCAGCUUAUUGUGGCGUAUAUAGGUGUAUUUUUGUAUAGUUUCCCUUUAAAGUUUUUCCUACAACAACGACGAGGUGCGCCUCCAGUGGAACAGUCAAAGAUCGCCCGUGUUCACAUUGCAAGAGGUACACCUCAAAAAAACGCAUUCCGUACAGGAUGUUUGUCGUUUUUGAAUAGAUACGAAUCGCAGACUUCUGGCUCAAGGACAUCACUCCGGCUGUCAUCAAGCGAGUAGGUCGGCGAUCGUAAAUCGGAUCAAUGGGAAGAUGUGUACUUGGCCAAAUUGAGAUGAAGGGAUGAACAUUUAGUAAAUCGUAAAAGUGGAAGUGUGAAUGUGAUGAAAAUGGAGACGAACGUACGUCAUCUUUAUUCACAUUCUAAAUGUGUACAGCCCAGACACUUACAUAAUUAGAGAAUCACAACUAUUUGAGCGUUGCCAUUUCCAGGAUUACCCCGCCGGUCUCUGGGACGAACUCGUCGUCACAUUCGUGUUCGAACGGCGCUACAUGUGGUACUUCCUGCAAGCCUACCUGCCGACCUUCUUCUCCAUAUUCAUUAGGUAACGUGAUCGUUCGGGAUGCUGGAACACAAUUCUUACAGCUGGAUCGCAUUCUCCCUGGGACCGCAGGCAAUCACACCCAGGACUAUGAUCGGCGUCAACGCGUUGCUUUCGAUGAUCUUCCACUUUGGAUCGAUCAUGAAGAACUUGCCACGCGUCUCGUAUAUUAAGGCUAUCGGUGAGCAGGGACCGACCGACUUCAUUUCUCAACCAACUCUCAAAACACUUUCCAGAUGUGUGGAUGCUCAGCUCGAUGACAUUCGUCUUCCUCUCGCUAAUCGAAUUGGCGAUUGUCGGCUACAAACUUCAAAUGCAACGCGAAAAAGAGCAUGUUAUUGAGAAAGUCGACAGAAUUGCGCGAUUUGCGUUUCCGGCCGGCUUCAGUAUCUUCAAUGUAGGCGCCGAGUUGUGUCAAAGACAGUAUCCGCCAACUUUUCAGAUCAUCUACUGGGCUCGUUACGGAUUCAAAGUCGGCUAA